GUGUUCGGCUUUCCCGGGGAUUUUCCGCGUCCGCCCGGUCGUCCGCCGCUCGGCCGCCGUCGCGCCAAUCCAACGGGUAUACGCGUGCUCUGCUACCGCCGCCGUUGUCGUGAUCGUCGCCGUAGCUGCCGUCGUCGUCGUCGCAGCCGCAGCCCCGAGUCGACAUGUAUGGAUAACAUCAUACACGGUACAGCCCAGAAAACAUCGCCAUGGCACCAACAUUGCCAGAAUGGGCUAGCAUUGUCAAGAACAAAGUUCUACAAUUAUUUCAGGGGCCGAAUCAACAACAAUAUGACGAGUUCGAAUUCAAUUUAAACAAAUCACAUUUAGAAAAGUCUUCCAUUCCCUACACCGAAGAUUGUUCGGGAGGUGGCGAAUUUGGUCUACAAAGUCCGGCCGAGUCGUUGGCAUCACCCGUUCGACCACCCCUCAGACAUAUCGACAAAUACAUCAAACCGGAAAUACCAAAUCUGAGCAAGAGAUAUACCAUAGCCAUACUAACAUGCAUCGGUUUCAUGAUUUCAUUUGGGAUGCGGUGCAACAUGUCCAUGGCGAAACUGAAAUUCCACAUAGGAUCCGACGACGAUGUCAUUGCAAACCGAACAUUGACGAUUACGACUACGACCACAGCUCACACUCCGUUACCAGUGGGCAGUACACCGAUUCACGAACGACCGAUCAAUUGGUCCCUUGGGUCGUUUGUCGCCAUUGAGAUGUCGUUUUUUUGCGGAUAUUUGAUUACCCAGGUGCCCGGCGGCUUUCUGGCCUCCAUGUAUCCAGCUAACAGAGUUUUCGGGAUUGCUAUUGCUAUGUCGUCAUUUCUCAAUUUGUUAGUACCGUCGGCAACGGAGAUCGAGAAAUCCCUAUACGUAAUAGUUAUCCGAAUGUGUCAAGGACUGGUCGAGGGCGUUACGUAUCCAGCUUGUCACGGUAUCUGGAGACACUGGGCCCCGCCACUGGAAAGAUCGAGACUGGCCACCAUAGCCCUGUGCGGAUCGUACGCGGGCGUCGUGGUGGGCAUGCCACUGUCCGGCUCAUUGAUCGACUGGUUCAGUUGGGAGGCACCGUUCUACGUGUAUGGAGUGAUGGGACUGAUAUGGUACGUGUUCUGGCUGUGGUUGUGCUUCGAAAAACCGAGUCUCCACCCCACCAUAUCGGCCAAAGAAUUGAACUAUAUAGAAAAGUCGCUGGGCGCGGCCCAAAUGUCACCGGCGCCGACAAUCGUCAACACGCCCUGGAAAGAAUUCUUCACCUCGAUGCCCGUGUACGCGAUCAUAGUCGCCAACUUCUGCCGGUCGUGGAACUUCUACCUCCUUGUACUGUUCCAAGCCUCGUACCUUCAUUCUUUCAACUUCGAAGUGUCCGCGACUGGUUACAUCGGUGCAUUACCGCAUCUGUUGAUGACCAUAGUGGUUCCCCUCGGAGGUCUCCUAGCUGAUCAUAUACGAAAAAAUGGCAUUCUCUCUACGACUAGCGUUCGGAAGAUUUUCAACUGUGGUGGUUUCGGUAUGGAAGCCACGUUCUUCCUCGUGCUAGCUAACGCUGAAACACCUGUCACCGCUACAAUAGCGCUAACCUGUGGCGUAGCAUUCAGCGGUUUCGCUAUUUCCGGGUUCAACGUAAACCAUUUGGACAUCGCGCCGAGAUACGCCAGCAUACUGAUGGGCAUCUCCAACGGAAUCGGUACGAUAGCGGGUCUUCUAUGUCCGAUCGCCAUAAACAUCAUCAUCAGGCACAAGACAAGACAAAGUUGGAGCGAGGUGUUCAUACUGGCAGCCGUCAUACAUUACAUUGGCGUGGUGUUCUACGGCAUAUUCGCUUCAGGAGAACUGCAACCAUGGGCCGAGCCCAAAGUCGAAGAAGACCAACAAAUGGACGAGGUGAGUACCGAGAAAAAGAAGCUCUCGUCGUACGGCUCGGUCGAGCAGUCGGACAAAGGGUUCGUAAACGCAGGACUGAAAAUCGGUAACAACGAUGCUGUACCCGCGCCACCAACCGACAACCCGACCAAUCCGUUUCUGGCCAAACCUGCCGCCACCAACCCUUUCGCGCCAUCCGAGUAAAUACUACCGAACAGUGCGGACCGAUCGAAUAUCCAUCGUGAACAUAUUAACAUAUACUUCAUAUGCAUAACUCAUGAGCAAUAAUCGUUAGUUGCGUAAUUUUGGUAUUAUUAUUAUUUUUAUUUCGUAGCAUUAAGCGUGUUCACAUACCUAUAGUUAUAUAAUUAAUUUCGUCUCAAUUACGAUGAUAAUUUAAU